AUGGACUCUCCCCUCCUCGUUGUGCUCCUGCUCUGCCUCGCCAGUCCAGGACGAACAGAAGAUGGACCCAUAGACCCCGAGACGAGCGAGGAGCACACCAAACACACAACCCUGAUCCCAAGCACCAGGACAGAGCUGCGUAGUACAUCAGAGGCUCCGAGUACUAGUCCCACAGUCCCUGCUGCCCACCCGGGUGUAGGCCCCACAGCGGACCUGCCAGAGGAUCUGUACCCCCAGACAACCUCCACCAGCACGACCAGUGAAACCAGCGUCCCCUCCCACACACCCGCCCCGUCCAGGGAGCCCCACUCCGAGGAGGCUCAGGGAGGGGGGUCUUCGGAGGAGGAGGUGGGAGGGGAGUGCAGGGGGGCUGCACUGGGCCCUAACACCACGCGGGCACUAGGGGGCGCCAUGAUGAAGUUCGGCAUGGAGGUGCUGGAGACCCUGGAGAGUAAAUCGAAGAAGCCCAACAUCCUCUUGUCACCCCUCAGUGUGGUGCUGGGGCUGUCUCAGCUCUCCCUGGGGGCUGUGAACAAGACGGAGGCCAUGCUGAGGAGCCAGCUGCAUGUGUCCGAGCUGCCCUGCUACCAUCACCUCUUCAAGCAGCUUCGUCAGCACCUGAGCCAGAGCGCAUUGCAAGUGGCAACGCGGGUUUACCUGAAGAAAGGGUUCAAGGUGAAGGAGGGCUUCAUGAAAGACUCUCUCCAGUUCUACGGCUCGAAGCCGGCACUGCUGGAGGGAGUGGAUGAGGUGAAUUACUGGGUGGAGGAGGCCACGAAGGGGAGGAUCAAGGACUUCCUGUCCUCACUGCCAGGGGACGUGGUUCUCAUGCUGCUCAACGCUGUGCACUUCAAGGUAUCAGGCGGCAUUGUGAACGGCUGGUCCUUUCCUUUCCCCGCCCCGUGGAGCACAGGCCUGUGGCAGACCCAAUUCGACCCUCGCUUCACCUCCUCCGAUGUGUUUUACCUGGACCAGCAGAGCAGCGUCUCUGUGGACAUGAUGCAGGAGCCCAAGUACCCACUCAGCCUCUUCAUGGAUGAGAAACUGGAGGUGCAGGUGGCGCGCUUCCCGUUCAAGGGGAACAUGAGUCUGGUGCUGGUGCUGCCGUUUUCGGGCGAGGUGAACGUCUCUGUUCUGGCUCGCUCUCUCGACGCGGAGCAGCUGUACCGCCAGUUCCCGAAGGAGCGCCCCAUCCAGGUGACCAUGCCCAAACUGAACCUGGAGUACAGCCAGGACCUGAGUGACACUCUCAUCAGCAUGGGUAUGGGGGAGCUGUUCACCAGUCCCAACCUGGACCGCAUCUCCUCCGACCCCCUGUCUGUGUCUAGCGUGCAUCACAAGUCUUCUCUGGAGCUGAAGGAGGAGGGAGCUGAGGCUGCAGCCGCUACCUCCAUCACUAUCUCCCGCUCCAUGGCGCGCUUCGACGUCAACAAGCCCUUCUUCUUCGUGCUGCUGGACGACGAGUCGCACGUCCCCGUCUUCCUGGGCAUCGUCAGGAACCCCAGUGCGGGGGUCCUGAGCAAGGGAGACAAGCCCCCCAAGAUGUUCAUGAAGAAGGCGCCCAAAUAA